CAGCAAGAACAUCGCAUCACGUCUACAUCACAUCUACAGCACAUUACAGCACCUUCCGCCAUCGUCACGGACUGAUCAUCGAAUCGAACCGAACAACACUUUGCACCAACAGCAUGGGUGGAGAAACCGUUCCCGUGUCAGCAGCCACUGCUGAAGCGCCAGCGCCGCUGCAGUUGGAUGUGCGCCCGUUGUGGCAAUACGCCGAGAUCGGGGCGCGUGAGUCGAGCGCCUACAUCAGCUGCCGCCUGACCGCCCCUGAUUUUGAGCCGGUGGAGCGACCUGCCAUCGAUUUGGUGGCCGUCAUUGAUGUGUCCGGCUCGAUGGCCGGGCAAAAGCUCAAGAUGGUUCAGAGCACACUCGAGUUUCUCAUGCGCAACCUCAAGGACACUGAUCGUUUUGCACUCGUGACCUUUGACUCUGAUGUGAAAACCGUCUUUGACCUGCGGCCCAUGACCACGGCUCACAAGGAGGCUUGCCUGGCCGAUGUCCAGAAGCUGCGGGCUGGCUCCUGCACCAACCUCAGUGGCGGCCUGUUCCGCGGCGUCGAGCUCAUGCAGCAACGCGGGGCCACCAAGGGAGCCGUCAGCUCGAUCCUGCUCAUGACUGACGGUAUUGCCAACGAGGGCGUCCGCGACAAGGACGACAUGUGCCGGGCGUUGCGCGGCCUGAUGGGCCCGGCCCCCGACUAUACCAUCUACACCUUUGGCUACGGCAAGGACCACAACGAGAACAUGCUGCGCCAGCUCUCGGAAACCGGCAAUGGCAUGUACUACUUUAUUGAGAGCAACGACAUUAUUCCGGAGAGCUUUGGCGACUGCCUGGGCGGCCUCCUCUCCGUCUUUGCCCAGAACAUUGAGGUCAAGCUGUCGGCCGUGCACCCAGAGGCCACCAUCAAGCGCGUCUGCAUGCAGCGCGCCGCCACUCUGGCUGAUGAUCGCCGCACUGCCACUUUCACCAUCGGCGACAUUCAGUCGGAAGAGGUCAAGGAGGUGCUUUUCGAGGUCAAUCUGCCCUUGGUGGAACUGCACGACGCCGUGGCCGAGGCUGGCACGGCCACGGCCUACUUUCGCGCCGAUGUCUCCUACCUCAACCUCUCCUCCAGCUCCUUUGAGAAGCAUGCAGCGACGUUCUCCACCGCUCGUCCCGCGGAGGUUCCUGCCGUCCGCGAAGCCAACGAGGCAGUGACAGACGCCAUCGCCCGCUUUGUGGCUGUCGAUGGCAUGGAGGAAGCGCGCCGCUUGGCCGAGGCUGGCAAGUUUGAUGCCGUGCGCGAGCGCUUGCAGGACGUGCGCGGCUUUGUGAGCGCCAACAAGUCGGCGCAGGCUUGCAAUCUCGUGGCGGAUCUCGAUGACAUGCUGGUGGCCACGGCCUCACGCGAACAGUACCAGCAGCAGGGCCGCUACGAGAUGGUCAGCCAGGCUCAAGCCUACUCCAACAUGCGCUCCAACCGUGUCUGGGCCAACGACGAAACGCGUGAGCGUUUUGCCACCAAGAAGAAGGGCAUGCUGCGCCGUGCCGCCAAGGCAUAA